AGAUUAGUCAGCCGAGCAGGCCAAAGAUCACACGAUAAGGAAAUUUGAAGCAUAAACAACCCCCCUCAAUUCCCUCCAGUGUGCCUUUUUACCUGCCCCUCAAACGAAACCCCUCAAUCCAAGACAAGAGAAUACAGUCGCAAUGCCAACCUUCCCGCUAAUCGUGCUCCCCCGCCCCGGGACCACCACCACCACCACCCCGGAGCCAGCAUCCUCCAUCCCCGCCCCCACCGAAGCAGCCUUCACCUCCACCUUCGGCCCCGUGCUCCCCAAAGCCUCCUACCUGCAAACCCCAGCGGGCCAAGCAGCCUACUACUCCAUCCCACCGACCACCCGGACCUCACCCGGUGCCGCAUCGGCGGGGCCCGCGCGAAUCCUCUUCGUGCACGGCGUGCAAACCAGCGCGAUCGGCAUGGCCCCGCUCGCCCGCGCCCUCGCCGCGCGCUUCCCGGCCGCGCACUGCGUCCUCUUCGACCACUGGGGCCACGGCCUCUCCGCGACCCCGGUGCAGCCGCACGCGCCCGCCCUCUUCCACGACCUCCUCCUCGCCCUCCUGGACUACCUCUACUGGCCUGCCGCCCACUUUGUGGGAUACUCCUUCGGCGGCGCCACGACCGUCUCCUUUGCGGCCUCGUUUCCCGACAGGGUGGAGAGCAUGGCCCUCGUCGCGCCGGCGGGGCUGCUCCGCGCGGCGCAGUUCACCGCGCAGCAGCGGGCGUAUCUGGCGGGUGGCGAUGGCGAUGCGGCGGUGGAGCAGCGCGCCCGCGACUGGAUUUUGGGGUGGUUGGAGGGCGGGCCGUUGGUCGUGCCGGCGGACUGGGAGGCGAGGGUGGCCAGCGGGGAGGUGGUGGCGCCGAAGGUCCGGGCGUGGCAGGUCGAGGAGCAUCCGGGCCAUGCGGCCAGCGUGGUGGGGAUCUUUCGCGAUGGCGGGGUCAUGGAUAUGCAUGACGUCUUUCGGGAGGCGGCGUCGACGGGGAUUCCGGCCAGGUGUGUGCUGGGCGAGUUGGAUGAUUUGUGUACCGUGCGCGAGUUGCGGGACUUGGGGUUUGGGGAUGUGCAUGUUGUGCUGGGGGUGGGGCAUGGGGUUGUGAGGGAGAGGGUGCCGGAGGUGGCGGGGUUGAUUGCUGGGUUUUGGGAGAGGGGGGAGGGGGGUGGAUUGGGGAAAUAGUUGAUGUUAUGCAGAGAGGUUGUGGGGGGAAUGGGUUGAAGAGGU